AUGAGAUAUAAGCAUAUUUUUGCUUACAUAAUAAUCCUUUUCUUACUCUAUGGAUUAAUCUGGUUCAUUGCAUCUUCAAGUUCAAACGAAGAGGGAAACAUUUACCCAAUGCAGUAUAUUCUAGAGCAAGAUUUAUUGUUUAUUAUGUUUUCUCUCCUUCCAAUCUUGACUAUUUUACCCACUAAUGAAAGAAAUAUGGUUUUUAUUGUGCAUAUUAUUAUGAUCUUCUUACAUUCAAUGGUUGGUCUCUACAUGUUAGUCUUCGACAGAGCUUCACUGGAGAUGAAGUAUUAUAUCGGUGUGCUAAUUCUGACAUGAGUAGGCUUCCUCUUUGUAACCUUACUGGGAAUAACACUGUACGCUGGAGGUUUUGGAAAUGAUUUCUCAAUGCUAUUUGAAGGCAAUGAUGAUACCAUUAUAUUGGGUCAUCAGAUCCCAAUACAACAACAGCAACAUCAUAAUGCAAUGGAUAGUAACUUUGUUGAUGCUUUUAACAAGAUAAAGACUAUUAUAUAUGAACCCUACAUGGUGUUGAAAUAACAAGACUUGCCCUAUCUGUCUCAUUGAAUAUGAAGAAAAAGAGGUCAUCAAGAUAAUGCCAGCAUGUUACCAUACCUUUCAUAUCUCAUGAAUAGAGAGCUGGUUUCGAAAUAACUUAAGCUGCCCAUUUUGUAGACAAGAGAUCACUCGAGAUGGAAUUGAUACCAUGGAUCAUCACCGGCAUAGCUCUAUUAUGAAGAAGGUACUUAGUUCUCUACCAGGAAGUAUGAGGAUUCAGACAAGCGAUGAAGAAAAAUGAAAAGAGAACUCAAAAGAAAACCCAUCCAGAAAUCUAGAAACUAUCAAGGAGCAACUUUCUAACUGAGCAAGCUUUGGUCAGCUGACAGGCUCUGGUACCAGCUCAAGAAAGAUGCUACACACUCAAUCACAUAUUUGAAUGACCAAUCAAACUGAUAUGGAAGCUAUUGAAGAAGUAAAAGAUUCUGUCGGAUUCAAUUCGUGAUGACCAGAUCCCGAAAUCUUUGCAGAAAACCUCAAGGAUUCUUAUGGAGGAAAUCCUCAGAAUGAUGGCAUCAGUUCCAAACGUAUCCACAUGUCCCUCAAGAAUCAAUUGAAAAAUACAGAGUUGUAGGAAUUUGGUCUUUCAAUUUUUUAUCUA